UCACAGCGUUUGUUAAACUCUAGCUAAUUUCAAUUGCAGAUAACAUGUAUUAUUUAAGUCAUUCGCUCGCCGCUAUCACGCGACGACACGUCCCUCACGAUGGCGAAUUUGGUCGUAAAAAAUACAAAUCUCUUUACAAAAUUAGUGAAACAUAUAAACGGCUGUACAAAAAGACUUUCCUCGCAUUUCAUCUAUUUCCCUGACAAUGAAAAACCAGUAGAAGGAGAGACAUCAAAAAUGAACAUGAUGCAAGCUAUCAAUAAUGCAAUGGACAUCACUCUCAAGACCGACCCCACAGCGGUGGUCUUUGGAGAAGAUGUCGGCUUCGGAGGAGUCUUCAGAUGCGCAUUGGGCUUGCAGGAGAAAUAUGGCAAAGACAGGGUGUUCAACACUCCGCUGUGCGAGCAGGGCAUCGCUGGGUUCGGCAUAGGUCUGGCCACGGCCGGAGCGACCGCCAUUGCCGAGAUACAAUUCGCCGAUUACAUAUUUCCAGCUUUUGAUCAGCUGGUGAACGAAGCGGCCAAGGCUCGCUACCGCUCGGGCGGUCAGUUCGCGUGCGGCGCGCUCACGGUGCGCGCGCCGAGCGGCGCGGUGGGGCACGGCGGGCUGUACCACUCGCAGAGCCCCGAGGGAAUGUUCGCGCACGCUGCUGGGCUCAGGGUGGUGGUCCCAAGGGGUCCCAUAGCCGCCAAAGGUCUGCUGCUGUCCUGCAUCAGGGAGAAGGACCCGUGCAUCUUCCUGGAACCCAAGAUCUUGUACCGCUCGGCCGCGGAAGAUGUUCCCACGGGAGAUUACACGCUGCCUCUUGGGAAGGCCCAGGUUUUGAGGACAGGCGACGCCGCCACACUCGUAGGUUGGGGGACGCAAGUUCACGUGCUGUUGGAAGUGGCUCGAAUGGCCGACGAGAAAUUGGGGGUCAAAUGUGACGUCAUCGAUUUGCAGUCCAUUUUGCCGUGGGAUGAGGAAACUGUGUGCAAUUCCGUGAAGAAGACCGGUCGUUGCCUGGUGGCUCACGAGGCGCCUCUCACGGCCGGUUUCGGAGCUGAGAUAGCGGCCACCAUACAGGAGGAAUGCUUCCUCCACCUGGAGGCGCCCGUGCGGCGCGCGGCGGGCUGGGACGCGCCCUUCCCGCACGUGUUCGAGCCCUUCUACCUCCCCGACAAGUGGCGGUGCUACGAAGCCCUAACUGAACUUGUGAACUACUAGUUUUUAAAAAUAAACGUAUAAAAAAAAAAGCAGGAGUUUUAUUACGCGGCAAAAUGAAGCACCGAUAGUAUCACUUGACUUUUUAAUGUUAAGACUCCAUCGUUCAAGAAAACGAUGAUUUCACUAAGAGUAGAUUUACACACAGAAUCAUUAGUGUGACAGUCGGCCGCCAUUUUGUCGUGGAUGCGUCAUAGAUUAUGUCACGGAAUGGCGAGUUUUCAACUCACUCAUACGUACAAUGCCGCCAUUACUAGUAAUAUGACAGUCGCGACGCCAUUUUUCCCGCGCAAAAAACUAAUGCUGCUUCGCUUUUUAUUAUGUCGUGAAAAGGGAAAUCCAUAGUUGUUCGCGCGAUAAAAAUGGCUUAGCGCGUGUUACGCUGCGGAAGUAUUAAUGUACAAGAGUUUUAAAGAUUAAAAUUAUAGGAAUGUACCUACAGUUUUCACUUCAAUUGUUUAUGAAAAGACCCAAUUUUUUUUAAUGAUGUCUCCAAAUUAAGGAGGUUAUCAAUUACAAUUUGUCACGUCUUAAAUUUAAACUUAUAUUACAUAGGUAAUGAUCAUGCCUCCGGAGCGACUUCAUCUUUCCAUUUGCCACGAUGUCUGCAUACUUCUUUCGUUUAAUCUCUCUUCAUGCAUGCUCUUCGGUUCAGGGUUCACUAUAUUACCACAUAAUUUACUCCAAACAUACCACAAAAGGAAUAGGAAUUGUGAUCAUAAUGACUGAUAAACCAAAACAUAUUUAUUUCAUGGAAUACGUUGUCUAUUUCAGUUUUUAUUAUAUUUUUUCUACUUUUUCCCAAAUUAUAUUUUUUUUUAAAUUUAUAUUUUAAGUAAGUAAUUAUGUUGUUGGUAGUGUUGAACUUUUAAUAAUGUUUUAUACUUUUAAAGAGAAAAAUUAUGUAAUAAAGUUUGUUAAAAAUUA